AUGUCUGUGACUGCAACUGCAUUUGGUGCAUCUGCGUGUGCAUCUGCAUUUUGUGCAUCUGCGUGUGCAUCUGCAUUUUGUGCAUCUGCGUGUGCAUCUGCAUGUGCAUGUGGUGCAUCUGUGGCCGCGGCUGCGCCCCCAAUCAACCAGGCCCUGUUUCUGGCGCGCAGUGACAAGGCUGUGGGCUUCCAGGUGUCUGCCAAGGGUGCUGCUCUUCUGGACGUUUUUUCCUUCCCACUGGUGAAACCCUCUUUUCCGUUUCUUUCUCUCUUUUUUUUCCUCGUACUUUCUCACUUUCCCUCACCCACCCUCGCUCUCCCUCACUCUCCCUCGAUCUCCUAUACUCUCCCGCGCUCUCCCUCGCCCUCUCCCUUGUUCGCCUCUCCCCCCUUCGCCAGGGCUCUUCACAGUGCUCUCUUCCAUUCUCAGCGAUGGCUGCAAGGCCCUGCCAGACUGCUUUUGUGGCGCCUCAAAAGUCGUUCCCCUCUCUCCGCUCUCCCCUUCCCUUCUGCGCCAGGGCUCUUCACAGUGCUCUCUUUCAUUCUCAGCGAUGGCUGCAAGGCCCUGCCAGACUACCGCAUGCUCGUGCACGCACCCACUGCUGCUCCGCCCUCUGCUGCUGCUGCUGCUGCUACUUCUGGUGCUGGGACAGUCACAGACGGCAAGACUGCAGGUCAGGGAGAGGAGCAGCAGAAGCAGCAGCAGCAGCAGCAGUGGCGCUUCUCCUUGUGGUGCCUCAACCCCGCUGUUGCGUUCCGAUCAGUAGCUUCGGCCUGUCGCACCAUUGUGCUCACGUCCGGCACGCUAUCUCCCACAGAGUCCUUCGCAUCGGAGCUAGGAAUCGACUUCACAUGCACCAUGGAGGGCAUGCAUGUUGUCGACUCCACCACCCAGGUGUGGGCAGGCGUCAUCCCCAGGGGUCCCUCAGGUCUCAGCCUCAACGCCAGCUACGCUAACGCAUGCUCGCCUGUCUUCCAGGACGAGUUAGCAGAGGCGCUGCUGCCGAUACUGGCAGCGACGCCAGGGGGGAUGCUGCUGUUCCUGCCGUCCUUCUGGCUGUUGGACGCCCUCUGUGCUCGCUGGAAGGCCACAUCCGCAUGGCACCGCCUCUCCUCCCUCAAAAAGAUCUUCUGCGAGCCCAGGGGAGUGGAGAAGCUAGAAGGAGUGUUAACACGGUACAGGCGGGAAGUGCAGCAGAGUGCGACCAAGCCAUGGACCCCCCUCGCAGUGCCACAACAUUCCUCUGGAGCAGCACCAGGGGGCGCACGAGCAGAGGCAUCCGCUGCAGCAGCUGAGACAUCGGAUGUAGAAGAGGGAGGGAAGGGGAGGGGGGUGCGGUGGAGAGUGGGUGGGACCGCGGGGGGGAAAGGCAGAGGAAGCAAUGGAGCCAUGCUGAUGGCCGUGUGCCGCGGCAAGGUGAGGUGUCAGUGGGAGGUAGAGAUGUGUGGGAGGGUGUGGUGGGAAAGACUUUCGAGUCGACUCGAAAGGCAAUGGAGCCAUGCUGAUGGCCGUGUGCCGCGGGAAGGUGAGGUGUUGGUGGGAGGUGGAGAUGUGGGAGGGUGUGGUGGGGCAGUUAAGAUAGGAAAGGCAUCGGAAGGCAUUGACUUUGCAGAUGACUCUGCACGUGCUGUGGGUGUUUCUGAGAAUUCUCAAAAACACCGGAACGACUUGUGCUGCCAGAAUCCCAAACGCCUUUUUCUUUUGGAUCCAUGCUCUGCUCACUCUCCUCGAAAUCCCGUCACGCUGCCUUUACUGUUGUCGACUGCGACACUGCCGGACACUUUUGCCGUCUCCCUCCCCUUCUCUCUCUUCUCCUCUCCCUCCUUUCCUCCUCUGUCUUCACCUGCCCCCUUUCCUCCUUCAACCCCUCCUCUCUCGUCCUAG